AUGAAUUCAUUUAUGAUUUCUUCCAUUAUGAAUUCAAAUACAAAUGAAAUUUAUAAUAUAAAUAAUAAAUAUUGGAAUAUAUUAAAUUUAUCUAAUUUUAUAUUAAAUAAUGAACAAUUAAAUAAUACAAUUAUCAAUAAUAAUUAUAAAUUAAAUUUAAAACAAAAUCUUAAUUUAUUUAAUCAAAUAAAUGAUGGUGAAUUCAUUUUAAAUUAUCAAAAUUAUUUAAAUUUAUUUAUAAAUCAAUAUAAACAAAAUGAUUUAUUAUGUAAUAAAUCAAUAAUCAAUCAUCAAUUAUUAUGUAAUAAAAAUAUAUAUACAAUAGAAAAAUUGAAUAAUAAUAAUAAUAAUAAUAAUGAAAUCAAUAUAAAUAAAGAAUAUUUGGAUAGAGAUUUAAAUAGAUUUCAAUCAACAUCUAACUUAUCUAAUUUUAUUGAUUCAUCUUCUGAGUUAUCAUUAAAUAAUCAUGAUCAAAAUUAUAAUAAUAAUAAUAAUAAUGAAUAUUUAAAUAAUAAACAGAAUGAUUUAAAUCAAUUAAAGAAAAUCAAUAAACAAAAUAAUCAUCAUAAUCAUAAUUAUUCUAGAAAUCGUACAGCAUUUACAGAUUAUCAAUUAAUUUGUUUAGAACGUGAAUUUUCUCACAUUCAAUAUUUAUCACGUAUUGAUCGUAUUCAUUUAGCGCAAAAUUUAAAUUUAACUGAAAAACAAGUUAAAAUAUGGUUUCAAAAUCGUCGUGUACGUUGGAGAAAAAGAAAUUCAUUAUAAAUUUGAAAGAAUUAAUAGAAAAGAAAUUCAUAAACUCUGGCACUUUUUUUCGCUUCUUUUUUCUUCUUCUUCUUCUUGUUCUUCUUCUUUUAUUUUUGUUUUUGUUUUUAAUAUUUUCUAUCUUUUUCUUUUUUCAAUUGUCAAUA